ACAAAUUAUGGGCGCUAACACCGCCCUGCAACAGCGCCUGCGUGGCAGUCGCUGCUACAUGUCCUUGGCCUGUUCCAUUGGCUCGAUGAGCCUGGCUUGUGGCAGCCUGCUGCAGAUACCCAAUACAACAGAUCGCAUUUCACUGCAACGCGGCCUCUUCCUCACCUCAUUGGGUUUCAUUUACUUUGUGUCGCUGACAGAUUUCUGCAACAAGUACCUGUUGAAUACGAAACGUGGCCUGCAGUUUCGUAAAAAAUAUCGCCUUAUGAUGUCGGAUGUUAUGGAAAUCACCAACAAAAUCGUUUCCGCCAUACAGGCCGCAUUCUCAUUUCUGGUCGGCUUUAUUGUAUGCAAAUCGACCUGUAGCAAGUCAUUUGUCUACGCCUCGCAUUUCUUGAUGGAAGCCUAUGGCUGGUUUGGCACCGCUUACUUUAUGUACGACAUUUGGUCCAUGUACAAAGUGCAUACACAGAAAAUCGCUGACAAAUUGAGACUGAUGAGUCUGAAUACCGCCGCUGGCGCAGGUGUGCGCUGCUCAUCGAAUGGCGUCAAUAUUGUCAAUGGCGCUGCUGCUGGUAAUGGCAGUUGUGAUGGUUACAGUGAUGGAGAUGAUUCACCGGUACGCGCGACAGCACAGCAACGCGAAAACGAUGAUAUCUACGAUUAUGAUGGCGAUUGUGUGCAGAUACCGAAGGAUGGCAAGUGGGAUUUCAUCAAAUAUGUGAUUACGCAUCCAGUUAUGAUGAUCCAUCAUAUCUUCAUUGGUACUUUUGGCUUACUGGUUGUGACGUACAUACGCGGCGGUGGCCACUGCAUCUACAGCUAUAUGUUCAUGAUGGAAUUCUCCACGCCCUUCGUUUCGAUGCGCAGCAUACUGAGCACUAUGCGUUUGAAAGACUCACGCGCUUACAUCAUCAAUGGUCUGCUAAUGUUGGGCACGUUUUUAGUGUUUCGUGUUUUUAUGUGGCCAUACGUUAUGUAUCGCUAUAGUGUGGCCAUCAAUGUGAGCCUCUGGCAGGCGGUGACCACUUUGCCACGCGGUUGCAUUAUAAGCAUUUUGAUACUCUUCCUACCACAGCUUUAUUGGUUCUUUUUGAUGGUCAAAGGUGCACUAAAGGUACUUUUACCGGCAAAACAAAAAAUUGCUGCACCCAAAAAAUUGCGGCAGUCAAAAAACAACAACUUAUCACCGGUGACACCAAACGCUGAACAAAAUUUUAAUCAAAUUUGCGAAGCUGCGGUCAACGGCGCAGCCGAAAAGCACUCAACACAGAACCAAUUGCUAUCAUUUGAUAGAAAUGUUAAAAAUUAGAUAUAUGUACAUACAAACACAGUUGAAUUUUAUUGGCAGCAAAGAACCGUUAACCUCAAGGAAGAUGAAGUUUAUUUUUAACAUAGUCUAUAUGUACCAAUAACAUCUGCUUUGCUGUUAUUCAAUUAAGUUUGUAAAAAAUUUAUUUUGUGAUUAAUUAAUUUAUACUUAUUCUUGCAUUCAUACAACCAUUUAUUCCACAGCACAAUUUAUUAUAUACCUACAUAGAUAGUUAACAUCUUUGGUAAAAAAAAAAUCUGAGUUACAGGUCUAUUCUGCGCUGUUAAUAAAGAUUUUGUAACCAGUAAAUAAAGUUACUGCCAAUAUUUAAACCCUUUUCGCAUACUGUGUACUCCUAUAACCGGUAAGUUUUGUUACCAUCUCAUAAGCUGGUAAAAUAUGCAAUGUCAGAAUUUCCACAAAUCUUCAUAGCUGAAUUGUUGAAUAUUUUAACUGAAUUACCAACCCAGAAUCGCGGUGACAAGAGCUGGUAACAUUUUUGUGGUAAUAAAAUUUUCUGGUUACAAAAUCUUCUGUAACGUGCAGAAUAGAAUUAAAUUGAUGAUUUAUUUCCAAUUAACUUAUGCAUUUGAAAUGUCUUCUAACUUUGUUCUACAUAUGUAAAAGCCACAAAAUAACACUCGAAGUGAAGUUAACAUUUUAAUUUUUGUAAACAUUGUUAAUUAACUAUUAAAUAUUUAAUAUAUUGAACUUUCUGAUGGUCAUUUUUGACUUACUUCUACUUAUUUCUGUAUGUGUAUAGGUGUUUAUUUAUGCAAUUGUGUGUAUGCAAGCGCCAAUUAUUUUAGCAUAAUUACAUAUAUACCAACCAUUUUAUAAAUUAAAUGUUAAUUUAAUUCGAUAAAUGUUAUAAAGGUAAUAGAUAUUACACACUUAGCAGCAUACAUACAUGUUUUUUAUAUGUAUACAAAAGAACAAAUACUAGUUAUUAAUAUGUAAUACUUUAAGUCAUCUAAUUUGUAACAUUUUAGUGAAGGCAGUACAACUAAUUUUUCCAAAUAUAUAUAUAUUUUUUUUUUUGCUUGAGUUCCUUUACUUUUAAACUAUAAAUUAUGUUUGUAUAUCUGAGUAUUGAAAAGUAGUACUUGAAUUCGCGUAUUUAUAACUUGCCCAAAUUGUAAAAUUACAUAAAUUUGCAUGUAUAAUAGAUGUGUAUUUAAAAUGAAAAUAAUGCCGUUAGCAGCAUUUAAUCAGCUUGCGCAAAAUGCAAUGUAGACAAACUAAAAAGUAUACCUAAAGGGAAAGAACCAAUAUGAGAUAACACAUUCGAUAUCUCGCAUUUUUUUGCUGUAGAUACUUUAUAUUGAUGCAUUUUAGUCGUAUACAAGUUUUCAUGUGUUGUGAGAAAUACAUAUGUAUGUAUGUACAAAUAAAUUAAAUAAAAAAUCUACAGCAUCAGCCAACAAGCAGGCACACUACUAACUACUCGUGCUUAUCGUUUGUGUGCAGAUAUACAAAAAAAAAGAAAGAAACAACUAAUAAAGAAUCUGCAUAAUUGUUUAAUAACCUGUUUCGACUGAUUUAUAACGGAGGUUGGUUUUAUGCGGAUAAUAAUAAAA